CCACAAUAUUAUCGACCAUCGUUGAAUGCUGAUCAUACAUUUCUCAACCCUAGCGCCAGCCUUUUGUAGUUGUACGAACAUUUUCCAAAGGCGCGUUCCGUUUGGAUGAAAUUCCAUUAAAUAGGUACCGAGAAGCAUUUGAACAAUAUUUUUCUGAAUAUCAAAAUAACCCGUUUAACAGACUGCUAAAUGUAAACAAUUGUUAAGUAUAUUACAUAAACGACAUUUUAAAAAUGUUCCAUAUACCUAUGUAGAUUUUGACAAUUUGAAAUGGACGAGCACAUCUACGAUUCAAAUUUCACCGAAGAAAUCAGCAAUAAAAUGCAAGUACCAAAAAGCAUUAGAGUGAAUGGCGACGUUUCCGAUUUUCGACCCACAAGUUUCUAUGCUGAUGAUAGCACUCGUUUUGGUGACAAUUUCGAUAUGCGUGUUCCAGAAAAAAUUAUUCUAAUGGGUAAAUUAUAUGUGUACUGUAACGUUAUUUCUCGUCUAAUCGUUUUCAUUGUUAUUAUUAUUAUUUUUUUUAAUUUUAACAAUUAUUGAGUUGCUUAGUAGCUGUUAUAUUUUAUAUUUUGUCAUUAUUCGUAUAAAGUAUGUCCCACCGUGUUCAACGGAUUUUUCUAGUGCUGUUAAUAUUCAAUUUUUUCAAUUUUUUUUCAUUCGGUUUGUCUUUAAGAGGGACAUCGGUUUUGGAGAAAAAUUAAAUUUUUAUUUUCAUCCUCUACACACAAAAAAAAUAUAUAUAUUUAUUUAUUCACUUUAGAAAAUUUUCAAAAUAGCCAACUCGAAAAAAAUUAUUUUUCAUAUAUUCAUAUAUGAUGAAUAGUUUCUUAAUUAUAGCCAUUUUAAUUUCUAGAAAAUAGACGUAGAAACAACUAAUAUUCAAUAUAAGGUAAAGAAUUACCGUGCUGAUCGUAAUUUCUUUUUCGCAUAACUUGUUAUUUUAUUGAAUAUUAAUUGAUUUCAUGACUAAUUUAAAUGACUAUAACUAAGAAAUUAUUAAUCGUAUAUGAAAGUAUAAUAAAUAAAAGUAAAAAUGUAAUUUUUCUCCAAACCGAUUCCCCCUCAAAGACAAACUGAUAAAAAAAAAAAUGUAAUAUUAACAGCGCUAGAAAAAUCCAUCAAACACGGUGGAACAGACUAUACAAAUAAAACAUAUUUUACAUUUUCAUUAUUUUAUAUGUAGGUUUUUUGAGAGAAAUAAUCCAAUAUAAUGUUCUUUCAAUAGUAGAUGCCUACAUAGUUGAUUAUUUUAAAAGUUCCUAGGUUAAAACACAAGUACCUAAUUGACACCAUACUAAAAAAUUUCACUAGUUCCUAUAUAGUUCAAACAAUAAUUUAAAUUAUUCAUACAUUUUAAGGGUUGUCACGACUAGAUCUAACUAUUUGAGCAACGUUAACACAAAUCAAGCAUCAAAAUUUUCAAAAAUUGUAUGUGGCUCACUGAUAAUUUGUUUAUUAAUUAUUAAAAAGACUGAAAUACUUUGCACGUGGGUGGGCGAUUGUUGUACGUGAGAGUUUGGAAAGGUAGAGCGAAAAAUAAAUUUUUAUUUGUACUCAACGAUUAACCAUUGCUAACAAAAAUGAUUCUGAGCAGAGUUUGGUUAAUAGUGUUGCUUUGUUAACAAUAUGUAUGUCAUACUAUGUUAAAAUAAUUACUUGUACAUUAUAUAUUUUCUUUAAUAAUAUUUGUUAAAUAUUGUAUCUAAUUUCCUGGUUUUUCAUAUUUGCUGGAAAAACUCUUGAGAAAAUCAAAAAAUUGCCUUCUUUAAGUACCUCUCCUUCAAUCAAAUUUACUUUUAAAAACAUUGCUAUCAUUAUAAAUUGGAGCAAAAUUGGUUGUAAAAAAUUCUUCCAAAAAAAUUUUAAUAUUUUACUAAUAUAUUUAGUGCAUUUUCUUGUUUUUUUUUUCGGUUUUUCACAUUUAAUGAGAAAACUCUUGAGAAAAUCAAGAAAUGGCCUCCUUAAAGUACUUCCCCACAUCGACUAUUUUUCUUAAAAGACGCUACACAUAAAAAUUAGAGCAGAUUAUCUAGUAGAAAAGUUGUCCACAGAAAAAAAAAAAUAAAUAAACAUCUUUGUAAAACCAUAAGCUUCUUUGCUCCACUCAGAAUCUAAAAUGAUCAUGCAUAUAAAUAUCAUACAAAUGUUAAUAAAUAUUAGGUAAUUAACAAAGAUAAUAUACUAUGUAUACUAGUAUACAAAUAUACUAUGAGCAUAUAAUAGUAUUUUAAAAAUUUUAAAUUAAGUUUAUCAAUUUUAUUUAUAACCAGUCGUUCUGCCCGGCUUUGCCCAUGCAAUAAAUGCUUAUCUUUGUGUUAGGUUAGGUUACUAUAGACAAAUAAAAAAAAAAUAAUCUGCGUUUUAGGAAUGAAAAAUACUUAUAAAUUAUUAUUUUGUAUCUCGUCCAACCUACUGUGCAGUUUAGGUUUACUACUUCUACUGGUCAGAUUAAGGAUUUAAAUAGUUUAAAACCUUCUUUGGACAAUGUGCAUCAUUUUGCGAAAAACCAUGUAAAAAUUGGUCAAAUAGUUUCAGAUAUCGCCUUUCUGUUUUCUCUCUUGAGUAUUUCUUCAAAUAAAUUUAAACAAUAAAUGUUUUUAUUACUAAUUCAAUUAAUUGUCUAUUCUAUGGUUCUGUAAUAUAUGUUUUGGAAAACAAAAAAAAAAUUGUUUUAUACAAUUAUAAAAAAUUAUGCUUAUUUAAUGAUAUCUUAAAUUGUAUUGUUAAAACUAUUUAUAUUUUAAUGAAAUAAUAAACAAUUAUUAUAUCCUUAUUAAAUUAAUUGGCUACCUAUUUUAAAAUAUAUGCAAUUAGAACAUAGCACACGCAUUAUAAUAAAACUUUUGAGACUAUAUAUAAAUUAUUUUAGUUCGAAAUUGUAUCUUGUAUUUAUAUUUUUAAAUAUGACACAAAUAUACUUGCUUGCAAUUUGUAUAUUUCAGAAUGCAAAAAUACAGAAUUAUAUUUCAUUAAGAAAUAUGGAAAUUAAUUUUGCUUUAUUUUCUACAUUAUACAUGUAUUUAUAUGCCUAUGAAAUAGUAAAAUUAAUACCUUAUGUAGGAAAUAAUCAACAUAGAGGUACCACAUCAAAUCCAAAGGAAUUUGCAAUUGAUGAUUUAAUCAUACCUCAUCCAGCCCCGGAAGAGCUUAUUCGAGUUCAAGUAAAUAUCUAUGAAAUAUAUUUGUAUUACUAUAACAUUCCAAAGAAAAUACCCUAUGCAAUGCAAUCUAAAUUAAUUUGUGUUAAGGAGCUUGUUCAUAUAUUUUAUCUUCUUUUUUGCCUUAACCCCUUCCAUUUGAUCCAAUCUCCUACCUUGUAUAUACGGACUGUUCUUAUAUCAUUUUCAAUCCAACCAUCUCUUUUUCAGUCUUUUUCUUCUACUCAUUCUUCCUACGUUUAUUUUCAUUACAGUUUUUACUGUUUCUAAUCUGAUUUAUAAUUCUUCUCUCCUGAUGACAUGCCCAAACCAUCUUAGUCUAUUUUGUCUACAAUCUAAGACACACCUAAGCUACAUCUUAUGUACCUAACCUCAUCCUAUUUUUUCUCCUCGCUUCACUCAUCCUCUAAGCAUUCUUAUCUCUGCUACACUUAUUCUCUGUUCAUUUUUCUGUCUUCCGCCAACACUGAACAAUACAACAUAGUCAGUCUCACUAUACUGUUUUAGAAAUUAUCUUAAGUCUCAUUUGAAGUCUCUUUCAUAUAAAAACACUUGAUAUUUCUAUCCACUAUUAAACAAUACUUAAUCCUAUAUUUCACAUUCUUAUCAAAGUUACUGUUUUGUUGCACAAGAAAUCCUAAUUACUAAAAUGACCUAAAACUCUCAACCUUGCCUAUAAUUGUCACCACUUAUUUUCGUUAGCUGUCUUGUUCUGUUAUUCCUAACUCAUACUCUAUAUAGUCCGGUUUACUUCUAUUUAUCUUUAGUUUCUUUCCUUUAAAUGCUACUCCAUUCAUCAAGCCCAUUGCUAAUCUCUUCUAGAUUUUCUCCUAUUAAAGCUAUAUCAUCUGCAAAUAUCUUGCACCAUGGUAUCUCCCCUUACCUGCUGUCUUCGCACACUGUCCCUGAAAUGGGACAAUCUACCCAAGUCUUGUUAGAACUCCUUAUACUGUUUCACAGAAUUUCACAUCAGCUGUCAGCUGAUACAAUCCUAUUCGUCACCAUUUAGGUACUAUGGAAGUAAUUAAUUAUGAGCUAUAAUAAUAUUAUUAUUGAUAUACCUAAGAAAACAUUGUGUUUUUAGACUCCACCUCAAAAAAUUACCAUGUCAAGACACUAUUUCCCAUCAGUAUUGGACAACUUUGAAAACCCAGUACAGACUUCUGAAGAAACUGUUUUGCCCCCUACAGCAAAUACUGAAGUUGUGCCGAUUCCGAACAAUGUGCAGCAAAUUGAUCAAAAGUAUAAACAUUAGUUUUAUAUUUAAAAUAAAUAAUUAGAAAGUUUUACCUUAAGUGCUAGAGUACAGAAAAUUAGCAAUUUAGAUCAUAAAAAUUUAUUGGCCAUUCCCAAAUAAUUGAGUUGAAGUUGAAGGAGAAGAAGAGGUAUCAUAUAAAUUUGUAUCACCAGCUAUAAACAUAUGUUUUGUUUUUUUUAAUCGAAUCUGACAUUUGUAUUAUGAUCAAUCUACGGGUCUUGCCAUGUAUCUCACUGGAUAUGCUCUAUUAUGACUGAUAUCCAAAUAUUUUAUACAUAAAACAACAUUGAUUUUCAUUAGGUAGUAUUGUUGUAUAAUUGAUUUUGUUUUUUUCUUUUGUUUUUCAGUGUAAGUUUCUUUAAUACGAGUGUUAGCGAACCAAUGACAUUAUCUGAUGAAGUGGCUCACUUACGCCAACAGAUGGGCCGUGUAUCGCGCAGAGUAAUCGAAUUAGAACACACUGUUUCACUGCCUUUCUAUGUCAGAGAAAAAAAAUUAAUCAUCACAAUUUUUUGCGGUUAUCUGAUAUUGAAAUUGACAUCAUGGUUGACUAGGCAUCAUUAGCAUUUAGUUGAAUAAUUGAAACAUAUGUCCCCAUAAAUGCCAUACUGACAUUAUUAUGUUAUUUCUAUUAUUUGUAUAUUAAUGUACCGUAAUAAUUGAAUGAUUUUUAAUUAAUGUUCCCAUAAUUAUUAGAUAGUUGUAAUUUGUUAAAACAAAUUGUUUCCUAUGUAAACAUAUUUAAACAGCAUUUUAAAAUGACUCAAUACAAUGUAGUAAUAUUUUUAUAUACAUGCACUAAAAUGAUCCACAAAAAGUCCUCAACAAUUACUAUAAUAUAGUAUGUAAUUAGAAGUAAAAUUUUAAUUAUUGUUAUUAUUCUCUUAAAUAAUUUUUGCAUUCAUAAUAUAUAUGUAUAUAACUAUAUAUACUAUAUAUACUACUAAUUGCUAUUAUAUUAAAAAUAUUACUGCAUGACUAUUGAGUAAUUUUUUUUCUAUAGAUUUGUGAGUAUGCCUCAUUUUAUGAUGAUUAUUAUUUAUUUUUUUUUUUAUGACUUAAUCAUUUUAAUUUCUCACUUUAGUAUGCGAACAUUAAUAUUACAAUAUGAAUACCAAAUUUUUAUUAUUUUUGUUCUAAUAAAACAAAAUUAUCUUUUAAACUAUUAUUGACAUUAUUAAAAUUUAGCAUACAAUAGUUAAUAUAACAUUAACACGUCAAUCAACAUUAUUAUUGAUUCUUUGUUGAGUAAACCUUUUGAAUAAACAUUAACUUGACGCCUU